GGGAAACUGCUGCCGUGUGAGGGGAACUCCUGAGGUUUUUGAGGACCAGUCACAGGAAGGCUCAGGGCUGGUGCCGCCCUCCCCUUUGGACAGGACCACCAAGGUCAGGACAGAAGGAGACACUCACCGACACACAGAGAGCCUUACUGCAUGCAGGGCUUGACUUAGUUAACCCUCGCAUCUGUCUGCAGUCAGGACUGUUAUCCCUCCCCGCCCCACAGAUGGGGGGAAGUGACUUACCUAAUGUCACAUUCAGUGAGACACUGGCUUGAACUCAGACUCUCUGCUCCACAGUCACCCUUUCACCACCGGGGUGUCCUGCCUUACAAGGUCAGGCCUAAUGAGCAGACAGUGGGCCCAGAAAGAACCCCAAUAGAUCGGCUGGAAGAGGCCUUAGAGGUCAUCUGGGAAACCAGACAGGGAGCUGGGCUUCCUGUUGCUUUGUGCAUCCUGUUGCCGUCGGAUGUUGUCUUGUCAGGCCCUCCCUCCAAGGGCCUGCGUUUCCUGACCUUGCCGAAUUUGGACACCACCACAGGUCAGUGGCCACGCCAGACCUGGGGGCAGCACAGAAUGCCAGCAGCCACCUCUCUGGCAUCCCUCUUCUAGGCUGGACGCUGCGUGAGGUUUAUCUGGAUUCCUAUAUUUUAUCUGGCAACCCUACUGGCGUGAGGCCAAAGACUCAUCUUUGUUGUUAAAACUUCAGCAUCUUACUUACCGAAACCGACAAACAAAACAAAACCGAACAAAACGCCGAUGGAAAAAAUCCCCUCCCGCCUUACCACUCUGGAUUCCAUUUUUUUCUUGGUUUUGAUUUCCUCUCAGUUUUUGACGCUUGGAGAUUUCUUUUACUUUCAAAGGGAAGUCUCAGGAUUGGUCUUUUUGAAGACAAAAGACCCAAAACCUUGCAGGCCCCUUCUGCUUCUUGAAUUCCCACAUACCUCUCCUAAAGCAAAGCAACCAGUACAGACCUAGUGAGCCAGUGGGAUGGAGCCAGGGCAAAAUACAGGGGAACAAAACACAAAUUUUUUUCAAAAGCUGAAAGGUCUAAAUCGCUAUGGCAACGCAAGACCCAUCCACACAGCAAAGGCUUCUUGGCAAGCCCGGCAGGAGCCAAGGGACCCACCUCAUGGAGAGACGCUGGGUGAUGGAGGCGGCCAAUGGCUGCAAGGACGGCUUGGAUUUCAACCCCAUGAAAGAGUACAUGGUCCUGAACGCUUCCCAGAGGAUCGCUAUCGCGGUGCUGUGCACCUCCCUGGCCCUGCUAAGCGCCCUGGAGAACCUGGCCGUGCUCUACCUGAUCCUGUCCUCCCACCGGCUCCGCAGGAAGCCUUCGUAUCUGUUCAUUAGCAGCUUGGCUGUGGCUGACUUCCUGGCCAGCGUGAUCUUUGCUUGCAACUUUGUCAAUUUCCACGUCUUCCACGGCGUGGACUCUCAGGCUGUCUUCCUGCUGAAGAUUGGCAGCGUGACCAUUACCUUCACAGCCUCUGUAGGCAGCCUACUGCUGACCGCCAUUGACCGCUACCUCUGUCUGUGCUACCCACCCACAUACAAAGCCCUACUCACCCGUGGGAGGGCGCUGGCAACCCUGGGCAUCAUGUGGGUCCUCUCAGCAUUUGUCUCCUACCUGCCCCUUAUGGGAUGGACCUGCUGUCCCAGUCCCUGCUCUGAGCUUUUCCCCCUGAUUCCCAAUAACUAUCUGCUGGGCUGGCUCCUGUUCAUUGCCUUCCUCUUCUUUGGCAUCAUCUACACUUACGGGCAUGUCCUCUGGAAGGCCCAUCAGCAUGUAGCCAGCUUGGCUGAACACCAGGACAGGCAGGUGCCAGGAAUGGCACGGAUGAGGCUGGAUGUGAGGUUGGCCAAGACCCUGGGGGUGGUGCUGGCUGUGCUUUUCAUCUGCUGGUUCCCGGUGCUGGCCCUCAUGGUCUACAGCCUGACCGCCACCCUAAGCGACCAGGUCAAGAAGGUCUUCGCCUUCUGCUCCUUGCUCUGCCUUGUCAACUCCAUGGUCAACCCCAUUAUCUAUGCCCUGAGGAGUGGGGAGAUCCGCUCCUCUGCCCACCGCUGCCUGGCCCACUGGAGGAAGCAUCUGAGGAGACGUGGGCUUGAAGGAAGCAAAGAAGUCCCGAGGUCCUCAGUUACUGAGACAGAGGCUGAUGUGAAAAUCACCCCGUGGCCAGAUUCCAGAGGACUAUACUGCUCUGAUUGCUGAUGAGGCCUCUCACAGUUCAACAAGCUGAGCCAAUCAUUUCACUCGCUGGAGGAGAGAGAGCGACCUUGACCCUAUUGUCUUACUUGAGCCAGCCCCAGGGGCCUGGACACUUACCCCUUUUCACUGAUGACUGAUGGCACCCACCCUUGGCAGGUAGCCUGGCCACGCCUAUUUGCACACAGACUGUUGGAGAGCUAGGCCCUGUGAGGAGUGGCAACGUGGGCAAGAGGCCUGGGCAGGCUCAGUGCUCGUCAGGUUAGGAGAACCUCCCCAACAAGAUGGCUUAGUGCUUGCGUCCUCCAGAGACCACAGAGACCGCAGCCAGAUGGAGCCUUCAGGCUCAGCAACAAGGGACUUGGAGGACAUCUGGGAAGAAGAAUGGAUUCUUUUCCUGGGAUCUCAAAAGUAUCGGAUGGGAUGGCUGGCCAACCCUGUCCUUGCUUAAUUGUCAGGGCCUCCUUGGCUCUAAGGCUAUGAAAGACCCCACUUUCUGGUCAUCCUUUCCUAUCGAGGACGAAAAACUUUGAUAUGAUGAGGCUCAAGGGGGUUGAUCCACCUCUUUCAUAGGUAAUUGACAAGCCUCCAGCUCAGGGAAUCUUGCUAUUAGUGCAAUGGCCCCACUUGACAUCCUGAGAAUCUCCACUCACAGCCACUGUGACCUAGGUCCCGGGGAUACAGGGAGGGCUGGCACUGUGCAAGACACAGAAUUUUCAGAGCAUUUUAUUGACCCUGUGAAGUCCUAUUUGAUGGUUUGGUUCCCCUGGAAGCAAGCAGUGCCCCAAUCUAAUACAGCUCCAAGAAAAAGAAAGACAUUCACUAGGAUUUCAUAAACUCCCAAAUUGUUCUCCGCUGUCCCUCAAUUCAGCCCCUUUGUCUCUUCCACACCCCUACGGCAAAAAAUAAACAGGGCAAGUGAGAGGAGGGGGAAAUUCCCUUCCUAUGUGCCAGGCAUGGGACUGACAUCCCCCAGUCUGUUAUCGCCAGCAAGAACACAGCCCCAUGCUUCCGAAGAUUCCAGGACACCCAUAUCUUACAUAUCAGGGAAGCUGCGUUCCUACCAAAGAAGCUUAAAACAGGCAAGAGAAAUUGUUGUUGGUGGGGAAGAUUACAGAGGCAUUCUAAUGCAGUUAUGUGGGACCACAGACAGAGUAAAAGGCAAGAUAUUGUUCAAACAUGUCUUCGUUUAAUGUUUACAAGACAAGGUGUCCACUAUUCAUUCAUUCAUUCAUUCAUUCAUGCACCCAUCUCACAAACACUUGCCAGGCUUCAUGCUAGGUCCCGUGUGCAGCCAUAAAUGAGACUCUGCCCCCACCUAAAAGGACUUACAUUUUACAUUCUGGUGGGAAAGACAGCCACUAACGAAGAUAAUUACUGGUGGCACAAUAAAGGAACUCAUUAGUCAAGGGAAAGGGACUAACUGAGACAACUUUAGGUUGGUCAUAAAUGUCAGCUGGUUUUUAUUGAGGCUUUACUAUGUGCCACACACCAGGAUGAGUGCUUUCAAAUGAGGUAUUUCAUUUAGUCCUCAUAAUAACCUGACCACGAGGGUCUUAAGAUCCUUGUUUUAUGGAUAAGGAACCAUCGAAGAGGCAAAAUCACUUGCCUGAGGUCACAUUGGCGAUACGUACCCCAAACUGGGGUUUCCAACCCUUUCCCACUAACCUUUUGGCUUAGUUCAGCCAAAUUCUGUCAAUGAGGAAUAAUACUCGAUUUCUGUAACAUCAGAUUGUUGCUCUCUUAACUCACCAUUAUUUCUCACUGCACUUCAUUGUAUGUCCUGUGUUAAUUUCCGGUAACAAUUUUCCACAAACUGAGUGGCUUAAAACAACAGAAAUUCAUUAUUUCACAGUUCCGGAAGCUACAGUCCAAAAUCAAGGCAUCAGCAGGGCCAUGUUCCUUCCAGAGGUUCAAGGACAGUAUCCUUCCUGGCUUCUUCCCACUUCUGGGAGUUCCUGAUGUUCUUUGGCUUGUGGCAACAGAACUCCAGUCUCUGCCUCCGUCUUCAUAUGGCCCUCCCCUCCCCACCUCUCCUGGCAUCUUCUUUUAAGGACACCAAUCACUGAAUUAAAGGCACAUCCUAAUCCA